UUUUACGCAAACAGGAAGUGCUCGACUAUAAACAACAAAGUGUUUCUUUUUUCGAAUAAUUAAAACAUUUGUAACGUUUGCAAAUUAUAUAUCUGACUAACAAAUAUGUAUACUGACGGCGACAUUGACGAUCUUGAUAGCAAUGAAUAUACGGACAAGGAGUGUUCUGAUGAAGACACAGAAGAUGCCAGCGAGACAGAUGUGGCCAAACAGGAGACCCAGUAUACAGAAAUCAAAGAACAGAUGUACCAGGAUAAAUUGGCGUUCUUAAAGAAACAGUUGAAGCAGUUAGAAGAUGGGACUUUACCGGAAUUCCUCAAGCGAAACAAGAAGAUUGAUCAGCAGUAUAGAGAGAGGCUGAAACUCAUGGAAGUGUUCAAAGAAUAUGAGUUAGAAGUAAUUGAGAGAGAAUACAAAAAGGAAAAGAAGCUCUCAGCAAAGGAUUUUGAGGAGAAGAAGAUAGAUCUGAAAGAAAGUCUGAUAGCUGAUUUAGAGGACAAGAAAAGAAGUAUAGAAUCAGAGAGAAGUCAGCUGGAACUUACUGGUGGCCAUUGUAACUUCUUGUUGUCAACUUCUCUUGAUACAGUGGAAGUUAAACCAAUUUCCACACGGAAGUUGCGACGACGCCCAAAUGAUCCUGUUCCCAUACCAGAAAAGAGAAGAAAGCCAUCACCUGACAUACUCUCUCAGAUCAGUUUUUGUCUAGACGACAAUGAUGUUAUGGAGGACCUACGAAUUAUCAACAAAGUUGGUGGAAAACCUCUCGGUCGGAAGCCUAUACCUACUAUAGGACCAAUAGACAUUGUACAGGAUGUUAAAAUUGAUGAUGGCAGGUUAUAUUAUGAUAAGAGAUGGUUCCACAGAAAUCAGCCAGUGUUUGUUGAAUGCAAGGAAACGGGAAAGUUUAGUGGUGUAAUAACAGCUAUAGGGACACAAGAGAUCUGGAUCAGAAAGACGACUGAUAGCAGUAAGAUUAAGGUAUAUCUACAUCAGCUACAGAAAGGCAAGUUUGUUCUACGGCGGAAACAGACAUGACAUCAGGCCGAUUUCUUCUGACAUAUUUCAUCUCCAUUACACACAACGGAUUACACAUAGCAUAGUGUUCAUGGACAUAUUUAUAAACGCAUACAGUGCUACCUCUGCAGAGCAAGGCAUAUAUAAGUCAUUGUUUUAAGUCUGAAACUUAUACUUUAAAAUAGCAAUAUUGAAAUUGCGAUAACUUUUUUAGCAAAUUUACACCAAUGGCAUUUGACUUAGCUGUUUUUAGCUGCAGAAUGCACAUUCAUGCGAAAUUUCAGUACAGUCAGUUAUAUGUAGCUAUGACAGAGCAAAAAGAGGUUUCAGAACUUUAAAGUCCUACAGUAAGUUUUAGACUUAAAAUAGUGAUGAUGGCGUUUGAGAUACCAAAAUGUUUGUCGUACAAAGGCUGUUGCUCCAGAGAGACUAAUUUACAUAGAAAUGUGUCCACUUGGAAAUGAAAUAUCAGCCUUUGUCAAAAGGUAUGGUGAACAUCGUGAAAUAUUCCUGGGAUACUAAUUUUCAUGGUGUUCAUAAUUGUGUUAGGCCAUGAAAUUUAAUUCCAGUGAACAAAUUAAGAUUUCAUUAUACAUUUUUAUCCUCAGAUAUUGGAAUGUGAAUUCAUAUUCCCACAAAAUAGUUAUUUUGAAUGAAACCAUGGAAUUUCAUGCCCACAAAUUAAGGCUGUUUUACAGUAUAUGCUGUACAGAUGUGUUGUAAAGAGAUUAAUUUAGUGUAUUUCAUUGUCAUUGUUGAAACAGAACAUUACAUAUAGUUCAUAUUUCAUAUCCAUUGCACACUAAUUGAUUAUACAUUUUGUCUUAUGCAUAAACACGUUAUUUUGCAUUUUUGCAUUUCAUUUUUGGACCUCUAUUAACAGAGCAGUUAAAGUCAUUGACUUCAAAUCACUUAACAAUGGAAUUAGAAUUCCUUUGUGCAGGGAAGCACCAGUGUAUCUAGCAGGCUUACAGUAAGCAUGGUUUCUACAAGUGUGACUGCUGGUGCCUGAAUUAAUUCCUGUAGUCAAAGGGGCACCUGGGGUCUUCCUCCACGACUGAAAGCACCGGAGUUAUAAUAUUGAUUGUAUGAAAAUUUGGAUAUUGUGAUUUGCAUCUGUAAGGACGAGAAUGUAAUGAUAAUAUUUUGGCUUCUUGGUGCAGCAAUACAGAUACAGUAUUCUCCAAAAAUAAAUUUACUGCCAGAUAUUUCAGCUUUAAGUGAGAUGUUUGUACAUAACAAAGAAACUUAAGUAAGUUUCUAAGAAAUCUUUAACAAGAAUAGGAAUUUGAUGAAUUGUGUCAUAAGAAUAAUGUGUAUUUUAACAGUUACAGGAUUUCAGACUUUAGAUAGAUACAGUGUUAAGGGUAUGUUCAGUAUAGACAAAAAUCUGUUUUCUGUUAAAGAUUGUACAAAUACAUGUAUUUAAAAUCAAAAUAAAUGUCUUAUGAAAAUGUUCAAA